AGGCGGCGACGGAAGGAGGAGGAGCUCCGGCCGCGCUCUCGGCCCGCAGUGGCUGCGUCUCCCAGCGCUUGUCGGGUCCCCACCCCUUUUAAAUAAGCCGGGCUGGUCGCCGCCCUCGCAGACUAGUCCGCUGUGGGGAGGCGGCGGCGGCGAGCCGGCGGGGGUGCGGCCGAGGCCGGAGCCCUGCCCCGGGCUGGGCGGCGGGGCGGGCGGGCGCGCAGCGGGCGCGGCGGCGAGUGCGGGCGGGCGCAGCCCCGCUCUGCCCGGGGCUGCCGGCGCCGACCGCGCCAUUGUUGGGGGAGGGGGCGGGCGCGGAGUCCGGGGCGAGCGGAGGCGCAGGCGUCGGCCGAGCGGAGCGGACGCUCCCCAUGGGGAACACGCUGACCUGUUGCGUGUCCCCCAAUGCCAGCCCCAAGCUGGGCCGGCGCGCGGGGCCGGCAGAGCCCGACUACGAGUCCGAGGUCUACGAGGCGGCGGCCGGGGACGCGGUGGCGGUAGCGCCGGCGCCCGCUGCGGCCGUGGAGCCCGCCGAGUUGGAUUUCGGAGCCGGCGAGGGCCACCACCUGCAGCACAUCAGUGACCGAGAGAUGCCCGAAGAUCUAGCUUUGGAAUCAAACCCUUCCGACCACCCGAGGGCAAGCACAAUUUUCCUGAGCAAAUCUCAAACGGAUGUGCGUGAAAAGAGGAAGAGCAACCAUUUAAACCAUUGUGACCUUAGCAAUAUAUUACCACAUAAAGAACAGAGAGAGAAAGUUCCAGAGGAGUACUUUAAGCAUGACCCUGAACACAAAUUUAUUUACAGAUUUGUUCGUACACUUUUUAGUGCUGCACAGCUGACAGCGGAAUGUGCAAUAGUGACGUUGGUUUACUUAGAGAGGCUCCUAACUUAUGCUGAGAUCGACAUUUGUCCCACCAACUGGAAAAGAAUUGUUCUGGGAGCCAUUCUUCUUGCCUCCAAGGUUUGGGAUGACCAGGCUGUAUGGAAUGUAGACUACUGCCAGAUCCUCAAGGACAUUACGGUUGAGGACAUGAAUGAGAUGGAAAGGCAUUUCUUGGAGCUACUCCAGUUUAAUAUUAAUGUUCCUGCCAGUGUUUAUGCCAAAUACUACUUUGACCUUCGCUCCUUAGCAGAUGACAACAACCUGAAUUUUCUGUUUGCUCCUCUCAGCAAAGAAAGAGCACAGAACCUAGAGGCCAUUUCAAGAUUGUGUGAAGACAAAUACAAAGACUUGUGUAGAGCUGCUAUGAGAAGAUCUUUAAGCGCUGAUAAUUUCAUUGGUAUUCAGCGCUCUAAUGCCAUCCUCUCUUAAGAGAGAGACUCGAGGAGUAAGAACACCAGGGACUCCUCAUAGACAGGCUGGAGCAACAGCACCUCUCCUGAUCAGAGAGCAGCAGAGGUGGGACUCCACGGGAUGGGAAGACCUCGGAUUCAAGAGACUCUGGACAGUGACUGCUGACUCCAUAGGAAAGAAUGGGACCUUGUCAAAGCAACAGCUCUCUGUCCUUUGUAAUGUAAACGGUUACAGAAACCACUCCACAGCAACAGCGCUGACCACAGAUCGUGCUUACCAUGUAGGCCAAUGGCUGUGAAAUAUGCGAGGUUUUUACAUUGUUUCAAUGUUUAGACUUUUGUUUGAGACAGGGUCUUACAUAGCCUGGGCUGGCCUCAAACUAAGUAUACGAUUGAGGCUGUCCUUGAACUCCUAUCUUCCUGCCUCUACCUCCCAAAUGCUGGGAUUACCAUGCCUGGCUCAGAUUUUUAGACUUUAAAGACACUAACCAUAUAACUUUGGUUUUUCUUGCCCCUGCCCCACCCAACUGCUGCAUAUGCUUUUAGAAUUGAUGCAUUUCAGUAUUACCAUUAAAACAUGAGAAUCCUUCUCCAUUUUUGUGGUGCUGGGAAUCAAAUUGAAGACCUAGCAAGUGCUUGGUAAGCAUUUGACCACUGAGCAACACUCCUCAGCCCCAAACAGGAUUCUUAACACUCAUGAAACCACCUAGGAGCAGAUUGUAGCCUCAUUAGGUAUUAAAGGUUCUCUCACUGUAUCAUCAGAGCUGCUAGUCAUUACUGGCAAUCAGUUUAAAUUACCAGAAAGCUGCUGGAAACACUCGCCAUUCACGUUGUUCGUAAGCGCUGCUUGCUGGCAUUUUGGUGUGUUUGGAGCCAUAGAGAGAGAGUGUCCUGUGCUGACCACUUCUGUUGCGUCCACGCUGCGUUCAUUUCCUGUUCACUACUAAUGGUGCUUCUCAUCCUCUGAUCUCUUCUCUCUCGUGUGUUAAACAAGUGUAUUAAAGAUGCUUCAUAAUGCCAACAACAUAGCAGGUCAGUGAACAUGAUCCCAUAGUAAAAUACAAGGGGUCCCCAAAAUUAGUGAUUGCUUCACACUUACUGCCCUGUGGGCUCUCUGGGGACACUGCAACAGAAGCCACAAACUUGCACAAAACAUCAUUUGAAAGUUUUAAUUUUACCAAUUUGAAGCUAAUUUAAUUUUAUUGUUUCUCAGUUAUAACCGUAAACCAAAAAUAUUCCAAAUGUGGGAAAUUAAGUUGAAGGGAAAGGUGACUUAAAACUUUCAAAUAAUGUUUCAUUAGUUUUGUAGCGUUUGUGAUUGUAAGGCAUCAGAGCUGACAACUACGUGGAGCUGUGGGAGCUGCCGUGCCUUUCCAUGGAAGCACUCUGUUCUCAAGUGUUCUUUGCCAGGCUGGGCUCUAGCCGCUUUGAUCACCUAAGUGUCUUUACGCUCAGUCAAGGGAGGCUAUUAAAGUGGUGGUAACUCACAUGGAACAAAUCAAAAGAAAUCAGAUCCUCAAACAGCAGGUGAAAUGAGCAAUUAAAACCCUGCGCGCUCUCCUGGGUGCAGGUCUCUCUCAAGCCGCAUCCUUGCAGGCCUAUGCACCGGCUUUCAACGGCAGGGAGCGAAGACUGGGAAAGGGAUGGCAGUAGCAGCUAAAGCUGAAAUAAUAAAAGAUUUGCAUCCUACAACUAUGUGCAUUCUAUUUCUUCUCACAUCUAACCUUGGGAGUCUUACCUAAAAAGCCUUUUGUGGGCCACGAAUACUUCCUCUUGAGGCUGCAAUGCUUCCCAUGCUCGUCAGUGCUGCCAGGCUCAUCACUUUCAAGGGACAGACAUAAGUGUUACGGAAGGAUGUAUGAAAUAUUACAAUCUACCACCUCAAAAAACAUUGUUUAUGGAGUUCAGAGCUUAGAGAUUCAAGUAUUGAUUGCAGUUUUAUUUUGAAAAGAAUGCUACAACUUAACGUGGUUUUUCUUUCUCAUGUUUAUAUUAAAAGCUAAUAAAUUCUAUUUUAAUUAAAAUA